AUGGCUUCGUUCAGGUGGAUUUUGCAGCUACACAGAGACGUACCAAAAGCGGCUAAAUUCUACGCGCAAGGACUCGAUUUAUCCGUCAAUGUCGUCACGUUACGUUGGGCUGAGCUCCAGUCUGGUCCUCUCAAGCUAGCUCUCAUGCAAUCUCCCAGUGAUCAUAUGGUGAAUGAGAAAGGAGGAUACUCUUCGUUACUAUCCUUCACUGUGACAGACAUCAACACAACAAUCUCAAAACUUAUGGAGUUAGGAGCUGAACUCGAUGGCUCCAUCAAAUACGAAGUCCAUGGCAAGGUUGCAUCUGUGAGAUGUCUCGACGGUCAUGUCCUCGGUCUCUACGAGCCUUCAUAG